AUGUUAAAUAAGUAUACCUUAUAAUUCAAAGACAACAUAUUAGAAUAAAAAUAUUAGGAGUUUUAAUUGUAGUAAAAGAGGAAGCCAUUACUAUAAAAAGUGAUUUUUACUACUUUUCUUAUAAUUAUAGCUAAAUCAAUUUCUUCCAUAUUAAACUUUAGUUUAAAAGAGGUAUAUUUUACGAUUGGUUACUUUGUUGGUAAUGUAAUCCUCAUUAUAAUUCUAAAAUGUUAACCCUAAUUGAUUAGAUGGGCUUUGAUGAUCAUCAACUAUAUACUUUUAUUUAUUUAUUCUGAUCCUGAUUAGGGGUAAACUCAAUAUCAUUAUUAACUUUCUUCAGCUUUGAUUGUUUCAGUUUAAUUCAUAGUAAUGAGGACUGGAGAUUUUAUUGAUGCUUUAGUGUAAGUAGUAUCAUUUUAUUCAUUUUAUUUAAUAUGUUUUCUACUAUACUAACCAAAUUUUUCUGUUUCAGUAGCACUUGCAACAUGUUUACUUACGUUUUUACUUAUAAUCACAUUUUAUGAGAAUGUUUCAGCUGAAAGAUCUAAGUUUUAGCUUACAAUAAUUGAUGAUAAAUGGGAUGAAAUUCUUUAAAAUAUGAUUGUUGAACCCUGCAUUAUAUUCAAUUUUAAUUAAUUUUAAAGCUCUUUUGUUUUUAAGAAGUCAAUUGAUUUUAUAUAUACAAUAGAGACAACUGAUGAAUUAAAAUAAUUUCUAAGAAAUUCAAAGGUGAAUUUAGAUUAGAAAAUAAAUUUAGAAGAUUUUCUAUUUAAAAAGGUAUAAUAAAUUAAAAAAGAUAAUAUUUAAUUAUGGAAUCAAAAACUAACUAUUUAUUAUCAAAAGAAAGUUCAUGAUGUCUUUUACUCUAUACUUUAAGAAACAUCUCCAAUAGUAUUAAUAAAGGUUUAGUAAUUUAAAUUCAUUAAUUAAGAAAAAGAUUCUGAUUUAGAAAAUAAGUAUUAAUACAAAUACAAAAUCUUGAUCAAAAGUAUUUUAUUAUAAUUAAAAUUAAUUGGUUAAUUUUAAUUUCCUAAUCUAAAUACUAUAUUUAAGAUAUUAAUAUAUCAUUACUUACUUGAGAAAAUUAAUAGCAAAUCAAUUAAAUUGAUAAAAAUAGAUAAAAUGUUUAAUUAAUUGAAAUUAAUUUAUCCAUAGAAACAAAUAUCUGUUGAAAACUUAUAAUUAGGAACUCCAUUAUUUGGGUAAAGAGAUUCACUUUGUUUAAUUUUGAUGGAAGUUUUUGAAACAAUGCUAUCAAAGUAAAUUCAUGUAAGAAUAAUUAAUUAUGAAUGCUCUACGAAAUUUUUCAUAUAUGGAAUUCUCAAUUAAAGAGCAAAAGAUAAAUUAUUAUCGAGACUUAAUUUUUAUUAAAGAAACUUAUAAAUUAUUGAGAUUACUGAUCUAUGUAUUAUAAUCAAUUUAAUAAUUUAGGUGUUAAAUUAGUUGUUAUAUAAGAUGUUUAAUCUUUAGACUGGAUUAUAUAGAAAUGA